AUGGCAGUGGGAACGUCGACGCGAGUGGCCUACCAUGAAGAUGCAGCAUUCCCCGGUGCCAAGGACGCUGCGGCUCAAAUGCUCAGCACUGUCGAUCAAUCCAAGGCCAUCAGCUACGCCACGCUCGAAGACGCCGUCGUCGCGGUCAAGAAGGACGACGCACAGUUUGCCGUCCUGCCCGUCGACUCCGCCACCUGCGGCAGCUGCUACGAAUCCUGCGACCUCCUGAUCAAAUACAACCUGGCCGUCGUGGGCGAGUACGAACACUCGGCCAAAACCUCCGACGCACACAGAUUCUGGAUGGUGGCCAAGACGCCGGUGGAGCCCUCGCCCAAGACGGACCAGUGCAAAACGUCGCUCGCCUUCGCCUUUGCGUCGGGCAACGCGCACGGCCAGCUGCACCGUGCUCUUGGUCUGUUCGCAUCUCGCGAGAUCGACCUGAGCAAGAUCGAGAGCCGACCGUGGAGCAGCGCGCACCCGAGCGCCGGCAAGGCCGAGUUCAUCUUCUACGCGGACUUGAAAGCUCGCCAGAGCGAUGCGAAGGCUGUGGAGGCGAUUGCGGCGUUGAGGGCGAUGUGCUCGUAUGUUUGCGUACUUGGGUGCUACUCGAGCGGCGCGGUGGAGACGACGAAUGGUGCUCCAGAUGCUGUUCCGCAAGAGCUGACCAUGGCGCAGAAGUAUCCGUUGAGUCCCGUGUUUGACACCACCAAGGUGGCCAAGACGCUUGCGGUGUUUGGAGUGACUAAGCAAAUGGAAGCGGAAGGCAAGUCUGUCUACUCACUGUGUGUUGGCGAACCUGACUUCCAGCCCCCGAAGCGAGUGCUAGAAGCUGGUAUCAGAGCCAUUCAAGAAGGCCAGACCAAGUACUGUGAUAUGCGCGGCAUGGCGGAGCUGCGCGAGAUCAUCGCCAAGUAUCUGCAACGAGCCAAGGGUGUGACCUACGCCCCCACUGAGAUUCAAGUCUGCGGUGGUGCCCAGCAGGCCAUCUACAACAUGGUUCUUGCGAUUCUGCGCCCAGGCGACAAGGUAUUGCUACCGUCUCCGUACUGGGGAAGCUACGAGGGCAUUCUUGCGCAGGUUAAGACCCAACUUGUGCAGCUGCGAAACACACUGGAAGACGAAUACUUGAUUAACCCCGUGAAUCUGGAGGAGGCGUUGACGGCAAACCCCGAGACCCGAAUCCUCAUUCUCUGUAACCCGAGCAACCCGGCUGGGACGCUUCACAGCCCCGAACAACUGGAGAAGAUCGCUGCUGUUCUCCGCAAGCCCCAGUUCCGGCAUGUUGUCGUGAUUUCCGAUGAAAUCUACGAACAGAUCGUCUAUCAGGACGAAGGUGUCCCCAAGCGCGUCUGCAAGAGCUUCGCUACAAUCCCGGACAUGUACGAGCGCACGAUCCUGAUCAACGGCUUCUCCAAGGCGUACGCAAUGACCGGCUUGCGAAUUGGCUACAUGGCCGGCCCCAAGCACUUCAUCGAGCCCUGCUACCUCAUGCAGGGACAAUUGACGUCCUGCGCUAACAGUGUUGGCCAGGUCAUGGCUAUCGAAGCCAUGCAGAUGGAGCUGGAGGCCAUCGAACGGGGCGAGCUUCGCAUCGCCGAGGACCUGCACGGCCUGGAUCUGAAGCGCCAGUACAUCGCCAAGCGCCUCCGCGCCAUGCCGAACGUGCGCUUCGCGUACCCGACGUCAUCUUUCUACGUGUUCGUGGAUCUCGGACUGCACUUUGAGGGCAAAACUGCCUUCACUGCCGACAAGAGCGAGGUCCUGCACAACGUCGACGACUUCUGCGACUACCUCAUCCGUAAGCAUGGUGUUGCGGUGGGUCCAGGCUCAGAUAUGGGUGAACCGCAUGGGCUGCGCAUUUCGUACGCUGGUUCCAUGAACACGAUGGUUCACUCGAUGGAUGGUAUGGAACACGCGCUCAACUCGCUGACGUUUGAGUAA